CAAUGAUGGGGCGAAAAGAGGACACAGCCCAUAAACCAGAGUUGGCCUUUCGGCUUCCUCAUAACAAAAGCGAGCUAAUUGCAGCUCUCUUCUUCCCAUCUUCCACUGCUAACACCUUCAUCCUAAUUUUUCUCUCUUUCUUGCUACCUUGCCAAGUUGCCAUACAUAUUAUGCUAUGUAAAUAUUAUGAUUACUGAUAAUUUUGGGAGCAGAACAUUUAAAGUGUACAGAUAAUCCUUGUGUGACUAAACCAUGGGUAAUUAGUUGAACAAUUUAGUUUCAAGAUGUCACGACCGUCCCAACUUCCACCUCGGUGCCCAUUGCAAAAGAAAGCUGUUGCAUGCCAAACCCACGACCCUAGCUUGAUUUAUUCUCAAGGAGUUGAUAAGUCCAGUGCUAGACAUCAUAGAUCACUAUCUCAAAGUUCGGUGUUGGAGGAUCAACCAGCGUGGCUAGAUGACUUGUUAAAUUCGGACUCAGUUCCUAAAGGGAUUCGCCACUGUAGGUCAGCUAGUGAUUCGUUUGCUGUUUUGGAUGGUAUUGUCCCAAACUUACUUCUGUCUGCAAGUCAUGAAGAAGAACAAGUAGAGGAUGGUAACAUAUUGGGAUCUGGUUGUAUAUAUGGCCCUAAUUCUCCUCGUCGAAGAUCCACUGUAGAGUUUUUGGAUAACACAGUGCUUUUGGCAAUGUCUGAUUACGUUGAUCAAAGUUCAAUGCAAUUUGUCAAAGAGAAUCCUCAGAUUUAUGGGACUCAUUUGGACUUAAAGAAUGAAUUUUGUGAUGCACCCAGUUACUACAAUAUUGAUGCAAAAACUGAAAAGAGGCAUCCUGGACAGCGCUCUAGAACUCGCAAGCUUCAGUACAUUGCUGAACUAGAAAGAACUGUGAAUGUGUUCCAGACGUUGCAAUCAGAGCUAUCAAUAAGGGUUUCUACCUUGCUUCAGCAAAAAGUUGGUUUGUCUCUGGAGAAUAACAAGUUAAAGCAGCAGGUGGCAAAGCUACAGCAACAAAAGCUGUCGAUGGAUGGAGAAUAUCAGACCCUGAGCAAAGAAGCUCAGAGGCUAAAGCUCAGCCUGGCAAAUUCUCGAAGCAGCACAAUCGACACAUAUGUUGGUUCAAAUGAGACUGAUUCUGGAGAAGUAUCAUGGCAGAUUUUGGAUUGGACAAAACUUCAUUUGUGAAUCUGAACUUCGAAGGCUAGGUUGUUCCCAUCCAAAUGAUUUGCCAGUUUUUUUGAUCGAAUAUUUGUGAUCAAAAGAAAAAUGGAAAUACUUUCCACUGCAGCUGCACGAAUGAGAACUUAUGUGAAUUACUUCAAUAUCUUUUUGCUAUUGGGUAUCAUUAUGAGUAGUAUAUUUCUUCUAAGAACAUUUUUUGCUUGGUAGCCUGGUCGGUUUGUAUUGAGGUUCCAUUUAUUUACAAGAUGUACAUUAUGAUGCCCUGUCAUAUCCACAACAUGUCAACCUAUCUAUCAAUUGGAUGUCCUAAAAUUCAUUUACACCAGAUACAAAAGAUUCACCUAGACAUAAACUCGUUUUAACA